AUGUAUCAAUCGAAGGGGACAGAACGAUAUAAGAAAAAUCUGCGUGUACUUUUAUUUCGUUGUCUGUCGUCGUCGACAAGAACAGAAUGUAUAUAUACAAUUGAAGAUUUCAUUCCUUUUUGCCAAUCAAAGAAAAAAUCAUUACAAACAUACACAUUUCCGUCUAUACCAUCGCAGCAUUAUCAUCAUUUAAUGCCCGAAUCGCCAUUGCAACAUAAGUUGUCAACAAAUACCAUUAACGCAAAUAGUCACGUUAGUCGUGUUAGUUCCAACAUGUCGCCGAAUUCGCAGCUGGAACAUGAAAAACGCGUCCGACGUGAAAUAGCUAAUUCAAAUGAACGUCGUCGUAUGCAAUCAAUUAACACUGGUUUUCAAAGUUUAAAAAUACUCAUUCCUCAUUCUUGUGGUGAAAAACUUAGUAAAGCGUGCAUUCUUCAACGUGCUGCUGAUCAUAUUAAAAGUCUUGAAACGGAAAAACUAAAAUUACAAUCUCAAAAUGAACAAUUUCGGAUAUUAAUUAAAAGCUUCCAAAUUGAUUCUACUAGUGUACUACAAGCGCAACGACGUUUAUCAACUAAUGAUCCAGAUGAUUCGAUUUUAUUACUCAAUAAUGAAACAAAACCUAUUAUCAGUUCAGAUGAUAACAAUGAUGAACAAUUAAGAUUGUAUCAAGACGCGAAAAACCGUCACACAUACACACAUAACUGGCAUGAUGCCUCCCAAUAUGUUCAAUCGCACAAAGAGGAACAACAACAACAACAGCAGCAGCAUUAUUAUCAUCCUUCCUCAUCAUCGUCCUCUUCGUUGUAUCGAUCGAAUCCGAAACAACCGUCAACAUCGGAUACAACAUACAUGAUUGUUAAACAAAAUCAACCUAGUCAACGUUGUUAUAAAACGAAUUCACUUGAUCAAAAUAGUGAUAAUGGAAUUGUUAUUGUUGAACGAUGUCAACUCAGGGCUCAAAGUGUUGAUACAAAUAAUAAUAAUAAUUCCUCUUCGUCAUCAUCCCACGUAGUCGAUCAUGCCAUUUCUCGUCGGAAUCUACAAACCAUUGUGGAAGCGAUACGUCAUUUAGAAGGUGAUGAUGCUUUAGCAAAUAUGAAUCCUCAACAGUCAUCGUCGAGUCAGGAAGAUUUACCCGCACAACUUAAAGCGAUGAUUAGCGAAAAAUUUCAACAACAACAAAUAAAUAAAAGUUCAUCGUCCUCGUCCGUACCAACAAAUACGAUUUAUCAACAAACAAUUAAUGUUUAUGAUCAACAACAUACAACAUCAACAUUACAUGAUGUCGAUUUGCAUCAAAAGCCACCGAAAAAACGUAAAAUAACUUACAAUGAAGAUGAUGAUACCAUCGAACAGCAAACAAUGAUACAAAAGCAUGAAUUACCUCCUAUAUGCAGUCCAGAUGUUCAUCAUCACGAGCAAAUUUCAAGUGAAUCCUCACCACCCCCUCCUUCUUCUUCUUCACAAACAAUUAUCUCCAAUCUGGUUGUACGUUCGCCGCCAAGAGUAGCUCAAUUAUUCCAAGAACAUUUAAUACAACGUUCAGCGCGUUAUCCUCCGCCUUCGUUAUUAUCAACGAAUAUUCAUCGACAUCAACAACCUUAA